AGGGAACCCCGUCAGCUGGAAGUCCGCGAACAUUACAACUACAUUUCCCAACGCCGGGAUUCUUUUUUACCUCAUUUUCGAUUGGGUUCCGUUCCGUUUUUAUUAUUAUUUCCACCAGCGGAUACUUCUUGUUUUUUGUUGUUGUUGGUUUUUUUGUGGGGGGCGGUUGUUUUUGUUUUGGUUAUUUUGGGGGAAGGUCGGGGGGGGUGGGGGGUCAAAACUGGAGAGCCGCGAGCAUGGAGUAUUUCGUGGUGCCCGCUCAGAAGGUGCCCUCUUUGCAACACUUCAGGAAAACGGAGAAAGAAGUCAUCGGGGGCUUGUGUAGCCUGGCCAACAUCCCUUUGACCCCGGAAACGGCGCGCGACCAAGAGCGGAGGAUCCGCCGCGAGAUCGCCAACAGCAACGAGCGGCGACGCAUGCAGAGCAUCAACGCCGGCUUCCAGUCGCUGAAGACGCUCAUCCCGCACAGCGACGGCGAGAAGCUCAGCAAGGCCGCCAUCUUGCAGCAAACGGCCGAGUACAUUUUCACGCUGGAGCAGGAGAAGACGCGACUGCUGCAGCAGAACAGCCAACUCAAGAGAAUCAUACAGGAGUUGAGCGGCUCGUCCCCCAAGAGGAGGCGCGUGGAGGACAAGGACGAAGGCAUCGGCUCCCCGGACGUUCUGGAGGAGGAGAAGACGGACGAGCUGCGGCGGGAGAUGAGCGAGCUCAGGCAGCAGCUGGACAAGGAGCGCUCGGUCAGGAUCAUGCUGGAGGACCGGAUGCGCUCAUUGGACACCGAGCUGUACCCGGAAAAAGCCCAGAGCCAGCAGAAUCUCGCCUGUGUGCAGCAACACAAGCAGCUGGAGAGGGACCUCACACGUGCCCACAGCCCGCAGGUGUCCGCCCCGGCCACUCCUCCCGCGCCCACGCACCACGCCACCGUCAUCGUCCCCGCGCCCGUCCCCCCGCCGCAGUCCCAUCACGUCACCGUGGUCACCAUGUGCCCGGCGUCCGUCAUCAAUGCCGUCUCCACGUCCCGACACAACCUGGACACCAUCGUUCAGGCCAUCCAGCACAUCGAGGGUGGCGGCGGCGGCGGGGAGGAGGAGCAGCGGCGGGCGGUCAUCGUCAGCUCGGGGCGGGUCCACUCCGAGAGCGACGAGCCGGACGACUGCUCGCUGCCAUGAGUUCCUCUCUCGAGCUCGCACACACACACCAACACACGCGUUCACUCGCUCGCCGUACAUCCCAAAACCCGAAGGAAGUGGACUCCUAACAUUGAAGCCCUCUUUUUGUACACACCCGCCUAAGAUGUCCGAGUAGUAGCGUGACGGGCAUUUUGGCCGUGCUUAUAUCCAACAACGACGCCCCCCCCCCCCAACGGUUAUUAGAGCAGCUACUUGACUUGACCGACCGGUCUUAUAAAUACUCUCGUACUGGAUGUUACUCGUUCAAGCUGCGCAUCUUCUUCUUUUGUUUUCUCCAAAUACCCCCCCCCCCCCCCCACACCCCGCUGAAAUGAAACGGGCCACACGCCGGAGGGGGCGUGGCCGCUUCUCGACGUGAUUGUAUCCGGGAGGGCGGAAUGCACUUACGAGUUUUGUUUCUUUUCCGCCUGCGUGUGGCCGUUCUUACUGGGCUGGCUUCCCGGUGCCCCCGCCGACCCCCGAAUCGCUCACACCCCUGUUUUUACGCCUGUAGGCUGACCACGCGA